UUGGCUGGUUUGUCAAAUAAUUUUUAUUUGUUUUCAGUUUUCUCGUCAUUUCGAAAAAUACUAUACUAUCAUUCAAGUCGUCACUUCAAAAAGUUUUUCCAUCACAGGUCGCCAGAUUUAAAAUUUUUAAUAAAAUAUGGCCUCUUUUAUCAAUCUAAUUAGAUUGAAAGACUGUUGCAGACUAUUGGACUUUUCCAAACCCCUCUAUUAAAUACUUUUUUAUGCAUUUUGGUUUGAUUUUUAUGUCUUACGCUCUUUUCAUCAACUAGAGGUUGGCUGGCUCAAUUUUGCCUUGCUUUAUAGCAUAAAAUUUACCUGAAAACGCUUCAUAUCAAACCCUUCCAAUGAAAUAUUUGCAAUUUGGAAAAUCUUGUUGAUAACACCGGCCAAUCAGAACUAAAUCAGUCUCCUUGUUAGUGCAGGAGCAGGAGCGGUGAAGCAAUAAACUUUUAGGAGUACAACAGCUAUUUUCUGGAAUAAAAAGACAAAAAGGACGGAUAAUUUCUCCAAUUGUAAUUUGUUCAAUUUAUUCUCCAUUUACGAUUCAUGAAGUAUCAUUGGACAACUAUUUUCCAAUUCCAAAUUUUGCAAAAAGUUCAAGUUCACCUCAUUCAACAAUUUUACUACCGCAAUAAAAACUUUCAAGCUUUUUCAAUUCCUUCUGGAAAAAAUUCGCAAAUAAAAGUUUGAGAUUCUGAGUAUUAAGAUGAUUCUGAGUAACGAAGAAUCUAAGUGCUCGCUUGUGGCCUCAAACUCUGCAAUAUAUGACAACCCUUCUGAUUUCUUAAGUCAAAACAUACCUCUGACAUCUCAGCCAAGAUUCUUAGACCACGAGAACAACCGCGUGGAAAUUAAUUCAUCUCCAACUUCCAAUUCCGGGGGAUCGGUGGCAAAUAACGAGAGUCCAUUGUUGUCGACCGGUGGCGACGUUUUCAACACACUACUUCAAUGCAAUCCAGCAGCUGCAGACGACGAGAACCCAACCGGCGUGGGGGGACCCUUGGGCUUGGGACUGCACCAAAGUGGGGGACAUAUGUUAAUGGAGCCUGCUUCGUUCCAUUUUUCACCCCAAAAUGUGCAGUGUUGCGGGGGAUGUGGGGAGGUGAUAGUGGACAAGUACUUGAUGCAUGUGUUGGAUAAGGCAUGGCAUGCCUCCUGCGUCCGUUGUUCCGACUGCACUGUGCCCUUGACGGAGAAGUGCUACUCGAGGGAUGGGAGACUCUAUUGCAAACAGGACUUCUUCAGGCGCUUCAGUACCAAGUGUUUCGGGUGCGAGGAGGCAAUCAUGCCGAAGGAACUUCUGAGAAAGGUGAGGAAGCACUACUUCCACCUGGGCUGCUUCAUCUGUUCCCUGUGCCACAAACAACUGGCGACAGGGGACGAACUGUACGUCACCCCCGACAACAAACUCAUCUGCAGAGAAGACUUCCUCACCAAUGUUGUCGUCGCCGCCACCCCCAGCUCCUCGUCAUCCCCCACCAGUGCCACCGCCACCACAGGGGAAAUUAAACAACCCAACGCUACUUCACCAGACGGACAACAACAGCUGAUCGACCCCUCUCAUUCUGCACCAGUUGAGAAGGAUGUUUUGAACAACAAUAACAACAACAACAACAACAACAACAACAACAACAACAACAACAACAACAACAACAACAACAACAGAUCAGCAGUGGCCACAGAAGCUCAAAUCAAGUCCCCAACCCAGUUUGAAGCUCACCUGGGAACAUUCCGCACAAACAGAGCCAACGCAGGCAGAAAGGACACUUUUGAAGACACUUUGACUCAAUCCGAGAUACCACCGAUCGGCGAUCUUCGGAAACAGAACCCAAAUGACGCUAAUGUCUCACAAGAUAUAAAGAGCGAGCCAAUAGCAGCUUACCAGGAAUCGCAAAACGCUUUUGUUUUAACCAGCCGAGCUGAUUUCGGCGAGAACAACAUUUUCGAUCAGAACUCAUUGCUCUUCUGUCGAAGCGUUAUCGAUCAUCCUGAAAAUGAGCAAAACACAGACGAAAUUUUGAACAAAAGCAGUUCAGACCACGAACUGAAUGAGAGCAUGACCAAAAACGACGAUAUCUUGAAAACCUCAACAGAUGAGAUGAUAAAAGCGGAGAUGAAUAAGAAAUCGAGUUGCGAAAUGCCUCAGCGGAGAAGCUCACUGGGCAAUGAGCCUAACAGUGUUUUAGACGGAUACGGCAGCGACAAUUGUGGUUACAAUAGUGACGAUGAAGAGAAGCUAUUCGACGAACAAGACGAAGGCGCCGAGAUUAGCGACGACAACAAGUCGGAUUACGACGACGGCGACUUCAAAAGCUGUGCAAGUCCUAAUAAGGAAGGAUCGGACGAGGUAAUUGGAGGGGGGCCGAAAACAAAAAGCCAAGUCGGCUCUAAGAGACGAGGACCGAGGACAACGAUAAAAGCGAAGCAGCUGGAAACAUUGAAAAGUGCGUUCGCUGCCACCCCGAAACCCACGCGCCAUAUCCGAGAACAAUUAGCCCAGGAGACUGGCUUAAACAUGCGAGUGAUUCAAGUUUGGUUCCAAAACAGAAGGAGUAAAGAGCGACGAAUGAAACAGUUGAGUGCUCUUGGAGCCAGGAGGGCUGCAUUCUUUCAGAGGAGAAUCAGGGGGCCCUUCGACCCCAAUCCACACAACCAAGAAUUCCUAACACCUCAAAUACCCUUCUUCGCUCACCAGGACCUGAACAAUCCUGAUUUCUUCCCGAUGGGUCAGCCAUUUUCUUAUGACUUCUUCCCCGGAGUGCACCACUCUUCGAUCGGACAGCCUCCCUCGUCUAUAGGAGUAGACAACUCGGAGUUCCCGAUGCCCCCCCACCCUACCCACACCUUCCUCACUCAUAGAUCCCUUGAGAUUGCACUCGGGCGACCAUUUGGGCUUACCAGCGGGAUUAGGCGGAGGAUCCCCAUUCAUUCCAACAUCUGCACCCCCACCCCAUCUGGGAGGCACGCAUACAAACCACCUAUCAAUUUCCCCAGGCAGUAUGAUGGAGGACGCAAUAUCGGUACUUAACUCUAACCAGUCCAACAAUCAAAGGAUGCUUCUUCCAUCUCCUGAUAUGCCGCUGCCUCCCUCCGACCGCUUUCUUUCUUCUCUCUCUAAACAGCCUCGCUUCCGAAAUGUAUUCGAAGAUAACUCGGCAACAGUUUGGUGAAACUACUCGCUACAACCGAAAAAACUAAUUAUUGUAAAAACUAUUUAUGUUCAAAAAUGAUAAAUUUCAACAAACGGAUUUACAUUAAAUUCUAUAAAAUAAAGUAUAUCAGAAUGUAAUAAAUUCAGUUUCUGAGCUUUACAAAGAUUAGUGCAGUAUUUAUGAUAAAAAGGUGUUAUGAAAAAAAUGAAGCACUCAUUCAUGAUUUAAAUUAAAUUUGAAUUGGAAAAAAUAUUCCUUUGAGCUCCAACUCUAAGUUGGCCAAUGCGCAGUAAGCUACGGACAACAGCAGCCAUAGUAGUUGUUUAUCGAUCAUGGCUUUUCUUGCGUUAUCUACUUGACUAAGUAAUCAUGUUAUGUAACCGUGUUAUGUAAUAUGAUUACUUAGUCAAGAUAUUGUCAAGAAAUCUUUGUCGCACAGACACUCACAAAAAGAGUUGUUCAAUUU